AUGUUGCCCCUGUUUCUUGUAAUCUCAGUCUUCCUGACUCAGCUUUCAGUUGCCGCACACACUGAGAACUUUAAGAUUGUCAACAGUCUCGCCCAAAAAGCUCAUGUUAAACUGGACUUGACUGGGGAACAAUCUUAUGCCAUUUACGAAAAAUUUCCUCCAAAGCCUUAUAACCCGUUUGAAUAUCAUAUGCGGCUGAUAGUCGGACACGUCAAAUGCGAGGACGAGAAUAAUUGCGAUUUUGUUGCGGAUACAUUUCAUAUGCAAGCGCCAAGGCAAGGUGAAAGAUGGGAGGGAAAGCUGGGCUCUAAAACAGUCCAACAUUCUCGAAACAGACCUUGGAAGGCCAAUCAUUAUUAUGAUAAGAAAGAAGAUAUCGAUAAACCAUUAGCACAGCCCAACACAUAUAAAUGGGCCGGUCCGACUAGGAAACUUAGCUAUGAAGAUAUUUAUGAUAUUGGCGAGGAUUGGUGUCACAGCUGCUUACAUUGGAGAUACAAUAAAGUUUAUAGCAACUGCCAUCAUUUCGUCUACGAUGUGUACAAUGAAAUAAAGCAGAAAUAG